GGCGCGCGGGCAGCUGACACAGCGUCACCGCGGGGAGCGCUCGGUCUGGGAAGCCGCGCGCGGGGGACCGAGCUGCGCUGCAGAGCGGCGAGCCAGCGGAGCGGAGCGGAGCCGGCAUCCAGGUAUCCCCUGAUUGGUAGCUGGAGUCCAUCAGCAACAUGCCGGAACAAAGCAAUGACUACCGGGUGGCCGUGUUUGGAGCAGGUGGUGUUGGCAAGAGCUCCCUGGUCUUGAGGUUUGUGAAAGGUACCUUCCGGGAGAGCUACAUCCCAACUGUGGAAGACACCUACCGGCAGGUGAUCAGCUGUGACAAGAGCAUCUGCACACUGCAGAUCACUGAUACAACUGGGAGCCACCAGUUCCCAGCCAUGCAGCGGCUGUCCAUCUCCAAAGGGCAUGCCUUCAUCCUGGUUUACUCCAUCACUAGCCGGCAGUCCCUGGAGGAACUCAAACCUAUCUAUGAGCAGAUCUGUGAGAUCAAGGGCGAUGUGGAAAGCAUCCCCAUCAUGCUGGUGGGGAACAAGUGUGAUGAGAACCCCAGCCGUGAAGUGCAGAGCAGCGAGGCAGAGGCCCUGGCUCGCACCUGGAAGUGCGCCUUCAUGGAGACCUCAGCCAAGCUCAACCACAACGUGAAGGAGCUCUUCCAGGAGCUGCUCAACCUGGAGAAGCGCAGGACCGUGAGCCUCCAGAUCGAUGGCAAAAAGAGCAAACAGCAGAAGAGGAAAGAGAAGCUGAAGGGCAAGUGUGUGCUCAUGUGAACACCCUGUGUGCAGAAGGAGCGGCUGCUGUCUGGGCCUCCCCUUCCCCCUUCCCGCGUGAACCUCCCCUUGUCAGGGCAGCAUGUAACAAUGCCCAUGUGUUAAAACAUUGCAUUUGGCUGGGACACACCACCACCACCAAGCCACCCUCUCUGCAGUCGCAGAACCUGCCACAGCAUCCCAGGGACCUGAGGUUGGUGCAGCCCAGUCUUGAGUGGCUUAAGCCAUUUGCAGGUGAGGACACUCUAGCUGUGGACAUCGGAGAAGCUGAGGGGGACUGUCGUGCAUGCAUGUGUGAGAGCAGACUAGCCAUAGCUAUUGCCACCAGCCUACACCAGGCAUCUCUGCUCAGAAGCCACUGAUAUCCUUGAGGCAGGGGCAGGCAGAGGAGGCAAGAAGAUCACUUGGUCCAACUAAGAUCACAGUGGAUCCCAUUCUGACAGUGUUAGCAGGAUAAAAAAGAAACUACCCGAGCCUCCUCCGAAGGAUGCCCGUUGUUCAUUCUGCCACCUGACCUAUGCUGACAAGAGGCACUCACCGCCUAUGGGCCUCCUUAGAAGCAACACCAUGUUAUCCUGUGAGAGUGACUUUCCCAUGCGGCAGUCUCACCAAUAGCAUGAUGCUGCAUGGGAAGCUUUUAGGUUUUGUGUGAGGAUAUUAUGACAUUGCGGAAAUAUUGCAAUAAUGUACCUGUGUGUCACUCUUUGAGAGUUUUAGGAAAACGAAGUUCCUGUCUUUUGACCUGUGAGGGCUGUAACUUCUUCCAGCCCUCAGAUUUUUAAAUAAAAGCAAAUAAAGUAGCUAUUUUUAGACUCCCCAUCCCCAUCCCCACGAUGAUUUUGUCUUAACUAACUUGAUGUGUACCCAGCUGGGAAACAGCCAAUCUCUAAGACCAUCCCACAACCAGAAGCACAUCCAUUUUUCUAGACACGAGCAUAUAUAUGCCAUCCUUUGCACCUAAACGAAAUACUUUGAAACAGACAUUGUUCACUGUGUUAUUAAUGAUUUAUCUGUAUUAGAAUAAUAUUCCUGGGAAACACCUUUACUUGAUGGUAAAUUCUCUCAUAUAAGAGCUAUUCAGUGCAGCAUUCACCCUAGAAGCACUGCUCUCAUAACGAUUGUAUAUUUAUCCUUAAUUCUUCAGACCAAAUUACUGCCACUGCUAUUUCUUGCAUGUGGCCUGGGAGGCCGUGUGGCCCAGACAGGUUGGCUGCUCCAUUCUGGGCAGACCCUCAGCUUAACCCACUCUGCCAUUCUGGAGGCUGGCUGGACUUUCACUUGCUUAGCAUUCCCGCUGACAGAGCCUAUGGGUGAGUUCCGUUUCAGUUGGCAGACUAUCUGCUGGCUAGCCUCUUCUCUCAGCCAUCUUCCUGUCGCCUGCCCAGCAGGCAUUGGAAACUACAGUACCAUGUGAGCCUGUGGAGGGAACUUCUGGGGGCCAGGGCCCUCCUACUCAAUGCUAGGCUUCCGGGCAGGCCAUGUGGACACUUCCACCUCCAAAGCACACUUGUAGUCUCAAAUAUCCUGGUGUUUUUAUUUCUUUUACCAGACCUCUCUAGUUUGAUCCAUUUGUUCUCAUCCUCUCUGCUUUACCCAAACUCAGUGACCCUGGUGACACACUUAGUGCUCAAGAGGUGCCUGCGAGAACCACUGGGCUCUGUGACCUUACCAUCUCCUUGGUCUUCUACAACAAAAUCCUCCUUGUCUUUCCUGGGAUUGCAGCCACACUGAGAACAUAGGGAUGUGACCUUGGAGCUAGCAAGGAGCUCAGAGCAUUUCCAAACCCCUCAAAAGCCCCCCCUUAACCAGUUCCUUCUGGUCCAAAAGGCGAUUUCACAGCACUCAUGAAACCAUCUAGUGAUUCUCUCAAACAUCAGUUUUAACUUGUUACCACAUUUUCCCCUAUCUCUGUUCUCAGAAUUUAUUAAGCUGUCAUUUGGGCAUGGGAGACAUGGAAGAAGCAGGAGAACUCCCUGGCUGACAGGAUGUAUAGAUUUGGGAUGGUUUCCUUCCUAACAGGAAAAUACUGUCUCUUCCCCACCUAUCAUUGGGCUUCAGUCAUGGGCACCCCUUGCAAGCCGUCCUCUUCCCACUGGGCGUGAGUCAGGGUUUCCUUCAACCCUUUAUGUUGGCUUUGACACUUCCUGGGGCUUAGGUCUUCAUCAUUGUGGGGAUCUUGUAGCUACUGAAGGGUCUGGAGUCUUGCUCAUUCAAACUUUGGGGUUGCUAGGAUAGAAGACUGGUGAAGCUUCCAUCCUGGGGCUUCAUUCUGACAUUGUUUUCUGAAAACUGGACCAAUGAUGGCAGUGGUCAUCCCAGUAUCAUCUUUUGGGAGUUUUCCACUGACUCAGGGUUCAAUUAAGGAUGUAGGAGCCCUAGAUUUUUAUGAUUCACCAAACAUGGAGCUGUGGUUCUUGGGAAUACAUCCUACUUUAUACACAGGCACAGAUGUUUUUGACUCAACCCAGACCCAGUUCAUUAUAAAACUUGAAAUAUUGCUUUGAAGAUAGCACUGUGGGAUUAAGCAUGGGGCUCCGUGAGUUCCUUUCUGCCCCCACUGGCCCCCUUUCCAUCCAGUGACAAGCCAUGGGCACAUCCAGUGCAGCAAGACCAACACAAGAGCAAUAUCGAAUCGUACAUUCUAUUUGCAAGUAUAUAUUAUAUAAUUUAUCUUUCUGCAUUUUUGAAGCAUAAAAUAGUAGCUUGUAUGUAGAUAAGCUAGUAUUUAUUUCAGUUUGUAAUAUUUAAGAAAAGUUCAUUCUUUGUAGAACAAAAAAUGUAUUCAAUAUUUUAAAAACUGCACUGUAAUACUUUCCCCCAAAUUUGUAAUGUGUUGCUCCUGCAUAAUUAGCUGUCUGGAACCACCCAUCACUAAUGGGACAUGUGUUGACCAUAAAGACAAAUCCUAGAAAAUCAGUAGUCCACAAACACUGUGUGUAGACAAGGUAUUUGCAGAGCAUGACUUUUCUAUGUGUGAGAUACCAAUGUGAACAUUUAUAUUUAAGGCAUAUUUAUAGUUACAGUUCCAUUCUUGAUUCUAUUUUGUUCACUCUGCGGUUAUAAAAAUCACCUGUGAUGUUCUGAAAAUCAUGGAACAAAUGACAAUAAAGCUAAGUUAUGCCACCCUG